CAUGUUCAGAAGGGUAUUUGGAAUCUCUAAUAGAUGCAAUCCUACUCGUUUACGAUACUUGAGAGAGUAUGUAUGUUUAAGAGAGGCUGCAAAUCCAUCAGCUUAAUAAGCCUAAAUAGCUUAAUUCCAAUAAGUGUCAAAUAAAUAUGGAUUAGCAGUUCCUUAAUUGACAACUUUAUCUGGAAUAUUUUAAUUAAGUUAAUUGCUUAGACCUUAAAAUUUCCCAAAUCCUAAUGAUUAUAAAGUAAAAUCUCUUUUUUGAAUAUCCAUAGAUACACGUUGAAAAGUUAGAAUUAUUAUUCAGACAAACUUAACAAAGUCAUGAAACACUAACACAAUUUGCACAAUCCCUCGAAUAUAAAAUUCCAGAAAUAGCAAAACUCACAAAUGAUGCAAGAAGAUAAGCUGCCUAAGAAUUGUUUAGCAUUUACUUAGAAGGAAUUCAUUAUGAUAAUUUAGUCUCACCGUAGAGAUUAUAUUAUAUUUUAGAGGCUAUGUUUAAUAAUUGGAAUCAAUUUACAGACAAAGAACAACAGCUACCAUUAAAAAAAUUUAAGCAGAAGUUAAGGAUCCCUAAUUAGCAGCCUAAUUAUCAUAAUCCCUUGAAUCAAUAUUCCAAAAUUAUUAAUUUAAUUAAGGAAGGUUAUAUAUGUCUUUUAAUUUAGAUAUGUUGGUUUGAUUAAAUCAUUUAUAGAUUCUCUUUAAGGAACAGAAGUUGAAGUAGCUUAAAAAUUAGAUUAAUAAACUUAAGAGAAAUAAUUAUUUAUUCAAACUGUCGAUAAAGCAACAAAACAAUUUUCAGCUGAGGAUUAAGAAUAUGCUAGAAAUGUAGAUGGACAUGAUUACAAAUUAUUCUUAUAAGAAUUAUAUGAAAAAGAAUAUUAAUCAGGAUUUGCAUAAAAUAGAUUUAAUGAAAAAGGAUAAAAAUUAGUUUAUGAAUCAUAAGCAUAAGAACACCAUGUUUUAAGAUAUUAAAUUUUAGCAGGAGUAUUUGCUGGUUAUUUCCUCUAUUUAUUCUAUAGAGGUGAUGCUUAUUACUCAACAAUUGUAACAGUUCCAGUAGUUGCAGCAGCAUUUUUCUAUUUAGCUAAAUAGGGAUAAGUAAUAAAUGUCUUAAUAUAAACUUAGGCUAAAAGAGCUAUUCCAUUUGUUAGACAAGUACUCAAAAACACUGACAACACAUAUGAAGUUGUUUUUGAAUAGAAUCGUAUUAUUAGUAGAAUAGAAAAUGUUUAACCAGGUUAAAUCAAGUAAGAAAUUCACAUUAUUAUUUUAUAAGACUUGCUCAAGAAACUUAAUUUGCCAAUACAUUAGUAUUUGGUAAUCCAACUGAUUUCGGAUAUCAUGUCAAAGUAGCUGAUAAUUCAUUUAUUGCACCAUACUUAUACAGUGGAAAUGGUUUAGAUUUUAGAGCAUUCAUUAAUGUUUGAUU